CAUUACCAAGACUUUUCUUCUGGCUUGCAGAUGAGCCAGCUGUGCAGAGUCUGCGGCGAGCCAGCAGCUGGUUUCCACUUUGGCGCAUUUACAUGCGAAGGAUGCAAGUCGUUUUUCGGGCGGACGUACAACAACCUGGGCUCCAUCACCGAGUGCAAGAACCAGGGCGCGUGCGUCAUCAACAAGAAGAACCGCACGUCGUGCAAGGCGUGCCGCCUGCGCAAGUGCCUGCUGGUGGGCAUGUCCAAGAGCGGGUCGCGCUACGGCCGCCGCUCCAACUGGUUCAAGAUCCACUGCCUGCUGCAGGAGCAGCAGCACCAGCACCAGCAGCAGCACCAGCAGCAGCAGCAGCACGGUGACCAGCAGCCCCCGCGGUGGGAGCCCCAAGUGCAGCCGCCGCGGACCAGCCCCCCGGAGAAGAGCCCCAAGGGGGAGUCGCAGGGGCCGAGGCCCCGACUGGAGGGGCUGUACGGGGGCAGCCUCCCCCCGGGCCUGCCUCCCAUGCUGUGGGCCGGCCCCCGGGGGCUGCUCCCGCCCCCGCCGCCUCACGGCCCGCCCCUCGGGAUGCCGUUCCCUCCCUUCCUCCCGGCGGCGGCCGCGGCCGCAGCGGCAGCCUUCAACGGCGGCGUGCCCCCGCCGCUGUUCGGCCUGCCACCCCCGGGCGCGCCCGGAGCAGCCCCGCAGGCCGCCCCUCAGCGCCCCGAGUGGGGGCGGCUCGUCUCCCGGCCGGCCUCGCCACGGCUCCACCUGCACCCCAAGGCCGCGCCCGUGGUGCCGCAGCCCCUGCGAGGCCCGCCACCCGGGGUCCUGGGGAGGCCGUCGCCGCCCGGGGCUCGUCUCGACGAGGGUGACGACGCGGACCAGGAGCAGCCCAUGGACUUGUCCCGCACAGCCUCCCGCGCCCCUACGCCACCCAGCGCCGCGCAGGGCCGCAGGCACCACGCCGAGGACAAGGACGACGCCAGCGACUCGGGCGUCAGUGAGCGGGAGGGCGACCGUGCGGCCGACGGUGACCCCGAGGCUGACAGUGACAGCCCACCGCGGUUGAGCCCGAGCCCGCGUCCGAGCCCGCGGCCUAGCCCGGGUUCGACUCCCGGCAGGCCACCCAGUCCCAGCACCGCCCCCGUCGACCUGUCCCUGUCCUGACCCGUGCUGAUCUCCCUAUCUAACGCUCGGCCCUUGCUAAUGCCGGGCUUUAGGAAGUAUUUGUGAUAUGGACCUUAUGUCAGAUUUUGUUUUGUCAUUGAAUGGGGGUCACAGGCAGAUCGUGAGUUGGCAAACUUUCUGUGAAUAAAAGCGAGUUCAAAGACAACACGAA